AUGUUCAACCUACUAAAGCAGAGAUUCUCCAUAUCUCACGACUGCGUCUCCAUAUCUUGCACCGAUAGGAAGGGUAUUUCUGUCCAAAAACCAGAAUUUGUAUUGAAACCCAGAAAAAAAGAUUUUGCAGCGAUGCCAAAAAUUCCGCUUUGGGAUUUGCCGGAACUGCCCAAGAAUGAGCUUCCACUUCACCUCCAACUCCAGAAAACUCGCGUCUUCUGCAAUAACGAUGCUCCCACUCAUACAGAGAAUAUACACUAUUCUGGAGCAUAUGCAUCAAUGGGGAUUGAUAACAGCUUAAGGCUUGACGAGUUUAAGAAAAACUUCAAAGUUAAGGUCAUUAAACUCAACGAAGAUGACAUGGAGUUUGAUUUGAUCGGGAUUGAUGCUUCUAUCGCGAAUGCUUUUAGAAGAAUCCUCAUCUCUGAGCUUCCCACCAUGGCCAUAGAGAAGGUUCUUGUUGCAAACAGUUCAUCAGUAGUACAAGAUGAAGUGCUUGCCCACAGACUUGGUCUCAUACCAAUAAAAGUUGAUCCGAGGCUGUUUGAUUAUAUGUCAGAAAAUGAUGUUCCUAAUGAGAAAAACUGCAUUGUCUUCAAACUCCAUUUCAAGAAUCCUCGAGGAUCCGGUGAACGAUGCACAGUGUACUCUCAUGAUCUCAAAUGGUUGCCAUUUGGUAGUGAAUACGUUUUGCCAACUGAAAAUUCAAAUGCUUCAGAUCCAAAUUCAAAACCAAAAACAUACACAUCAUUUACUUCCAGCCAAGACUCAUUGCCUGAGUUCUCCACCAAUCCUAUUACUGUCACUCCUGGUAUCAUUAUAUCAAAACUUGGACCUGGGCAGGAGAUUGAGCUAGAAGCACAUGCGUGUAAAGGCCUUGGUAAAACACAUGCCAAAUGGUCUCCUGUGGCUACUGCUUGGUAUAGAAUGCUCCCUGAGGUUAUAUUGUUGAAAGACAUUGAGGAUGAUGAUGCUGAGGAACUUGUAAAGAAAUGCCCGGUGAAUGUGUUUGACAUUGAGGAUAUUGCUAAAGGUAGGAAGAGGGCAACUGUGGGUAGACCAAGGGCUUGUACCCUUUGCAGGGAAUGCAUUAGGGAGCCUGGAUGGGAGGAAAAGGUGGCACUUCGACGUGUCAAAGAUCAUUUUAUCUUCACUAUAGAAUCGACUGGAGCAUUGCCACCUGAGGUGCUGUUCACUGAAGCUGUGCAGAUCUUGGAAGAUAAGUGUGAACGUGUUAUAACCGAGAUGUCAUAGUCUCAUUUUUAUGUUUCAAAAAGUGUUACAUUUACAUUAUAUCCUAACUUUUUUUUAAUGCAUGUGUAAAACAUAGUUUAUGACCAUUUUUUGAAAAAGAAAAAAAUUGUUGGAAAUUA